GAAAUAGGUAGAUCGGCUAAGUAGCACCCAUUCCAGGGAUUGGUUCAAGCCGUUCUAUUCUAUGUUGUAUUCCUACAGUGUAAUUGCCAAGCCCCGAAACCCCGCAAACCCAAUGCCCACGUUGACGGGCCCGCUAAAUAUCGAAGUGUGGGGUAUAAUCAAGUCAACGACGCUCAAGUUCAGUCAGAUCGCAUGCAUCACAAGAUUUGCUCAUACUAUGUUAACUUGUCAACAUCGAUAUUGAUGGAACAAGUCUCAUUAGAAUGGCAGGUCUAGAAGACUAUGCGUUCGCAUAUAAUGCUACAUUAAACACUUCUCCAAUGAACCUUUCCACAUAUGAUGAAUACUCGAACGACCCCAGGUUCAUAGAGUCACAGAGACAGUUUCGAGCACUAUUAUUCGAUACUGCUCAUUCUACGGGCCCUACGAGAGUCGGCAGCCCAGUACCAGGAGAUGGCAAAGAUUCAGAUUAUCUUCACCCUUCGGACUCCAAUGCGUCAACGACGGAAUGUGGUUCAUACAUUGGGACGGUUGUGUCGACAGUUGAACGCGUAAUGUGGCUGAAGAAUUACAUCAACGAGGUAGCUCCGUGGCUCGACAUGUUCGAUGCACAGCAGGCCUUCGGGAGGAAAGUUCCUAUGCUUGCAAAGACAUCUGCUCCCUUAACGUACGCAAUACUCGCCAUCUCGGCACGUCAGAUGGAACGGCAAAAAAAGCUACGGGGCGAUCAUAACAGCCUACAGCUUUACCAAGAAGCAAUCAGAUCAUUAACGCCACAGCUUCAAGCACGAGACCCAAACAUUUUGGCUGCAUGCGUGAUACUCUGCUGUUUAGAGAUGAUGUCUGCUGCUCCAAAGAAUUGGAGGAGGCAUUUAGAUGGAUGUGCGGCUCUGUUUAAAUCAUAUGGAAUCCAUGGAUUUAGUACUGGAAUCCCUCAGGCCGUGUUUUGGUGCUAUGCAAGGAUGGAUCUUUGUGCAGCCAUCAUUUCGGAAGGGGAUCAGGGUUCAGUGCUAGAUCUCCAGAAUUGGCUCCCUGAAAAUGUUACGGCCUCCCAAGCAGGCGCCCUCUUUCGCUCUUCGGGAAUCCCAGACAUGUACGCAAACUAUGCCGUAUGGCUGUGCGCCCGAGCAUGUCACUUGUCCUGGACUCGAACAAGAGCACAUGAACCCAAAAAUAGCGGGGUCAACACGGAGCCUUUCAUUCACUCGUGGCACAAUCUUUGGGUUGAAGUGCAGGGCUGGGCGCAAAAGAGACCGGCCGAAAUGCGAGAGUUGGACUUCGCAGGUGGUGGCAGUCAAUCUCAAAGCGGACCUUUUCCCUUCAUUCUCUUUGCUGCUCCAUGUGCUAUCUCUUCAAACCAACUAUAUCACACUUCAUGUUUACUACUACUCGGUAUGAAGCCAUUGUCCGUCAACACGCGCGAGAUGGGUCAUGUUGGCUCGGCCUUGUGGCAUGCCUAUAGAAUAUGUGGUAUCUCGAUAACAAACUCUCAUCACGGCUGCUUGAACAAUGCAAUCCAGCCUCUUUGGCUGGCGAGCAAGCUACUUAGCCAUCCUGCCGAGCAUAGAUUGAUUGUAGAUCUCAUCAAAAAGAUUGAAACAGUAACUGGGUGGAGCGGAACCUGGAGGAUCCGAGACCUGAGGGAGCUCUGGGGAUAUGACAAAGACGACCCAUCAUUUUAAAUUAUGUCUAUCUAUAUUCAAGGCAAAAUAAUACAUUAAAGCUCUAUAAAUUCGCUCUUGAGAGCCCGUUGUUGUUCAAUAGCGUCUAGAUGCGCCAAAAUCUUACACGAUAUAACCUUACCGUCGAAUCCGAAAUAUUUAUAGGCGUCUUUUCCGGGUAAACUUUUCCCAAACGACUUCAUCGAGAUACUCGCGUCGGCAUAACGCUCCCAUCCGUUCGCAGCAUACGCCUCAACAACCACGACUAGCGUUUCCACCCGGCGCAACACGCUUCUUCUGUACUCGCGAC